UGCCUCCCCCUCCUCCAGCACUCAGCUACUACCAGAGCCUCUAUUAGCAAUCAAGUGUGUGUGGGAGGGAGGGACCAGAGAGGGGCGAGGUUUAAUCAUUGAACCAAGCAGGCUACAACUAUUUAGUCUGCAGCAUGCAGCUCCCCAGGAAGUCUGCCAGGCUGGCCUGCAAGUGUGCAGUUCACAGCGACCCGGGAGCACACUCUACACGGAAACCUCUGCCUAUCUCGGCCGGAGCCAGUGUUGGGGAAGAUGUUUGCGGUACAUUUGAUGGCGUUUUACUUCACCAAGCUGAAGGAGGAUCAGAUCAAGAAGGUGGACAGAUUCCUGUAUCACAUGCGGCUUUCUGAUGAGACCCUGUUGGACAUUAUGGCGCGCUUCCGGGUUGAGAUGGAGAAGGGCCUGGCAAAGGACACCAACCCCACUGCCUCAGUGAAGAUGCUUCCCACCUUUGUCAGGGCCAUUCCGGAUGGCUCAGAAAAUGGGGAAUUCCUCGCUCUGGAUCUUGGCGGCUCCAAGUUUCGUGUCUUGAAGGUGCAAGUGUCUGCAGAGGGGAAGCGAAAUGUCCAAAUGGAGAGUCAAUUCUACCCCACGCCCAAUGAGAUCACCCGUGGGAAUGGCUCAGAGCUGUUUGAGUACGUAGCUGAUUGUCUGGCAGAUUUCAUGAAGACCAAAGACUUGAUGCAUAAGAAGUUGCCCCUUGGUCUCACCUUUUCUUUUCCCUGCAGGCAGACUAAGCUGGAAGAGGGCGUGCUGCUUUCAUGGACCAAGAAGUUCAAGGCACGUGGCGUUCAGGACACGGAUGUAGUGAGCCGCUUGGCCCAAGCUGUGAAGAAGCACAAGGACGUGGACGUAGACAUCCUGGCCUUGGUCAAUGACACUGUGGGGACCAUGAUGACGUGUGCCUAUGAUGAUCCCUACUGUGAGGUUGGAGUUAUCAUUGGCACUGGCACCAACGCCUGCUACAUGGAGGACAUGAGCAACAUCGACCUGGUGGAGGGCGAUGAGGGGAGGAUGUGCAUUAACACGGAGUGGGGGGCCUUUGGGGACGACGGGGUGCUCGAGGACAUCCGCACCGAGUUUGAUAGAGAGCUGGACCUCGGCUCACUGAACCCAGGGAAGCAACUGUUUGAAAAGAUGAUCAGUGGCCUGUACCUGGGGGAGCUCGUCAGGCUCAUCCUGCUGAAGAUGGCCAAGGCCGGCCUCCUGUUUGGCGGUCAGAAGUCCUCUGCUCUCCACACCAAGGGCAAGAUCGAAACACAGCAUGUGGCUGCCAUGGAGAGGUAUAAGGAAGGCCUGGCGAACACCAGAGAGAUCCUGGUGGAUCUAGGCCUGGAGCCCUCUGAGGCUGACUGCAUUGCUGUCCAACACGUCUGCACCAUUGUUUCCUUCCGCUCGGCCAACCUCUGUGCGGCCGCCCUGGCAGCCAUCCUGACAAGGCUCCGGGAGAACAAGAGGCUGAUGCGGCUGCGCACGACGGUGGGCAUGGAUGGCACGCUCUACAAGAUCCACCCUCAGUACCCUAAACGCCUGCACAAGGUGGUGAGGAAACUGGUUCCUAACUGUGAUGUGCGCUUCCUCCUGUCGGAGAGUGGCAGCACCAAGGGGGCUGCUAUGGUGACUGCCGUGGCCUCUCGUGUUCAAGCCCAGCGCAAGCAGAUUGAUGAGGUGCUGGCUCUGUUCCGGCUGACCCAUGAGCAGCUCAGGAGUGUGAAGGACAGGAUGCGGGCUGAACUAGAGUUCGGGCUGAAGAAGAAGACGCAUCCACUCGCCACGGUCAAGAUGCUGCCCACCUACGUCUGCGGGAUGCCUGAUGGCACAGAGAAAGGGAAGUUCCUCGCCCUGGAUCUGGGGGGCACCAACUUCCGGGUCCUUCUGGUGAAGAUCAGAAGCGGACGGAAGUCAGUGCGGAUGUACAACAAGAUUUUCGCCAUCCCCCUGGAGAUUAUGCAGGGUACUGGUGAGGAGCUGUUUGACCACAUUGUACAGUGCAUUGCUGACUUCCUGGAGUACAUGGGCCUCAAGGGGGCCCGGCUGCCUUUGGGUUUCACGUUCUCGUUCCCCUGCAGGCAGAAAAGCAUCGACAAGGGGACACUAAUAGGAUGGACCAAAGGCUUUAAGGCCACCGACUGCGAAGGGGAGGACGUGGUAGACUUGCUCAGGGAAGCCAUCAAGAGGAGAAAUGAGUUUGACUUGGACAUAGUUGCAGUGGUCAACGACACUGUGGGAACCAUGAUGACCUGUGCCUAUGAAGAUCCCAAUUGUGAGAUUGGCCUGAUUGCAGGAACAGGCAGCAACAUGUGCUACAUGGAGGAGAUGCAGAACAUUGAGCUGGUGGACGGGGAUGAGGGGAAGAUGUGCAUCAACACAGAAUGGGGAGGGUUUGGCGAUAAUGGCUGCAUGGACGACAUCAGGACCCAGUAUGACAAGGAGGUGGAUGAGGGCUCCUUGAAUCCUGGCAAGCAGAGGUAUGAGAAGAUGACGAGUGGGAUGUACCUGGGCGAGAUUGUGCGGCAGAUGCUGAUUGCCCUCACCAAGCAGGGCCUCCUCUUCCGAGGGCAGAUCUCAGAGCGGCUCCGCACCAGGGGCAUCUUCGAGACCAAGUUCCUGUCCCAGAUUGAAAGCGACCGCCUGGCCCUCCUCCAGGUGCGGAGGAUCCUGCAGCAGCUGGGCCUGGACAGCACAUGUGAGGACAGCAUCAUAGUCAAGGAGGUGUGUGGAGUUGUGUCCCGUCGGGCAGCCCAGCUCUGUGGUGCUGGCAUGGCUGCUGUCGUGGAAAAGAGGCGGGAAGACCAGGGGCUGGAACACCUGCGGAUCACCGUGGGUGUAGACGGCACCCUGUACAAGCUGCACCCACACUUUUCUCGGAUACUGCAGGAGACUGUGCAGGAGCUAGCCCCACGCUGUGAGGUGACUUUCAUGCUGUCAGAAGAUGGCAGUGGAAAGGGAGCAGCUCUCAUCACCGCUGUGGCCAAGAGACUGCAGCUGCCACGGAGAGAGAACUAGGAGCCCCACGCACUGUGCAUCCCUACAUGCCUUUCAUCUGGGAGGAGUCGCUCCAAGACCAGCAGGUGGACCCCUGGCUGACCUCACCCUGUGGAUGGCUGAAAGAGAGCCACAGGUUCUUGGGAAUUCCUCAUGUCAUCUUGUUACUGGUUUCACAAAGGCAUUAAAUGACACCUCUAUCAGGUGGAUUGGGGCCAGAGAUGGACCGAUUCAUAAAAUCAAAUGGUCUGGCUCAAGCAGGCCUCUGUCAACCAACUAUAGGCCUGAGUUGUUAGUCGUGUGUGGCCUUGGGUUUCGUGGCUGCCGAACACCAAAGCAUGUACGGAAGCUGGCCGAGGGGCCUUGCUGGCUGAGCUCUGCCUUUUGUGAUGAUGGGGCCCUCAACUUGUGGAUAAACAUUGAGAGGGAUUCAUGUCAGGAUUUGGGGGGAUCCAGUGUAAAUAUGGAUGCCUUAACUUGCCACAUCGAUGUCCAAGUGAAGGGAAAACAAAGCUUGUCACGUGUCCGGCCCCAGGAGGCAGCAGGGCUGGUGGCCGAGGGACCCUGCAGGAGUCUGGUUGUGCUUCUAGAAAGCCUUUGGCACCCUGUGGGCUUUCCUCCUCCAUGGGGUUGUCUGGGGACAGGGCGCUUCUCCAGGCAUCUGUUUUCCAUUUUACCUGUGGCUCUUGUUGAUAGUUGUAUAAAGGACUGCUAGAUACAUGAAAUCCAGUGAACCAAUAAAAAUACUUGAUUUCCCAAGAA